UUUAAAAGCAGCUAACUGGUUUCCUUGUGUUUCAUUACAGACUCAACUCCCAACAUCGUAGAGAUCAUCGUCGCCUAAAUUUGCUGCAAUGACAGACGGCGUUAGAAGUAGGAAUUUGUCUACCAAUUUUCAGUUUCCGACAAGCCCCACCGGGAACGGCCAGCCCUCGCCUUUUAAUUUACAGCCUGUUGCUCCAAUCAUGAAUGCGACUCCCCAGCACAACCCUGCACUCACAGGCCCGAGAUGGCAGUUCGAAAGGAGAAACAAAACUUGGCAAGACUUUGAUCCCAAUCACCAAGUCGCAAUGGACACCGCCUACAGCAGCGGCUCGCAAAACUACACAUUUUCGUUCAACGGCAAUCAUUACGACGUAGACUUUGUCGCGGGCACUCAGACCAGGCAAAACGAGCCGGGUAACGUGAGGAAGAUCCGAAAAUUUGAUCCGACGCCGCCACCUCCAGUGCAGACAAAUCCUGGCACCCCGACCUCGCAGGCAAACUCGAGCACCCCGACGCCGACGUCUGCAGCAAACGGAGCCGCCACUUUUAAACCACGCACCGUCGCUGUCGGUCAGCCAGUAAGCAUUGAGGACUUUUUGAAUAUGGAAGUUACCAUACCGGUCCAUUAUCUGCUGAAGUUUUUGGCAUUUUUCCUCCUGAUUCUCGCAAUUCUGUGUUAUUUCUAAUGCAUUUUAAUGACAUAAUAUUAAUUGAUUAAUCUUAUAGACAACUAAUAAAA